CAGUUCAGUGCUCUGCCUACAGCCCUGAAUGAAUGCCUUCGAUUGAGUCUUCUGGAUUUGUCCUCGCUGAUUUGGGCUCGUCCAGGAGUGGGACUAGAAAUGAUGUCCUCUGCAAACCCAAUUAAAUUUGCGUACUCACCUCUGGUGCUCCAGCCGCAUUUUCACGUACUCUCGUGUAGCUUUCCUUUCCCCAGGGCUCCAAGGGAGAGUCCCCUCUCCGUUCCCUGGGUCUGGAAGAGGAUGCCCAAGGGAGAGGAGCAUUUGCCCGCCCGAGCCCAGAUCUUCGCGUCAGCUGGAGAUGGAUACAGAGCAGAAGGUGGCCGCCACAGCCCCGCGGGAGAACGAAGAGCUACCGGCCGCGACGCCGGAGGAGGACGGCGACUCUGACUGUGAGCGGGACUCCCUCUUGCAGGGGGGCGGCCCGGCCCCCGGCUGCUCCCGGGAGGCAGCCGGACCCCGGGAGGCGCUCAGCCGGCUCCGGGAACUCUGUCGGCGCUGGCUCAGGCCGGAGAUGCACACCCGGGAGCAGCUAUUGACCGUCCUCCCUGCGGAGAUCCAGACCUGGAUCCGGGAGCACCGUCCGGAGAGCAGCGACGAGGUGGUGACCCUGGUGGAAGAGGACAGCGUCCUGCCUGCUCCUCGGAAGCUGAGGCGCGCCCAAGACCAAGAGAUGACAACGUCCCUUUUUAUGGCCAGAUCUCAAGAGGAGUGGAGACGCCUGGAUCCCGGUUCCAAGACUUGCUAUAGGGAUGUCACUUUGGGAUUUACAGUUCCCAAACCCAGCGUGAUCUCCUGGCUAGAGCGAGGGGAGGAACCGUGGAUCUCGGGUUCCCAGAGCUCCGGUGAGGAGGAAAUUCCGAGAGGAGUCCACAAAGGUGAGGAGCUGGUGACAGUCUUUAAACACCAUCAACCACGGCGUUGCAAAUGCAGGGGUCGCUACCCUAUAUUUCUACAUUAAAAGUGAAAUUUGAACCA